CCAUAUUGCGUCUGUCUGCACUCACUGAGUUUGGAGGAAAAUCUGUGGCUGCCCGCUCUGGACAAACACAAACUCAUCUCCCAAAACCCAACACCAAGCUCCGGAGGACGCUCUGAGAUCCGGAGCCGCACGGAGGACACGUCUUUAUUUUAUUUAUUAUUUAUUUCUGGUUCUCAUAUUUAGCAGUUCUUUUCUUAGCAGCUCGGGGAAAAAGGACGGCAAAAUGCCCAGAGCGGUCAAUGUACGCGUCACCACCAUGGACGCUGAGCUGGAGUUCGCCAUCCAGCCCAGCACUACGGGCAAGCAGCUGUUUGACCAGGUGUUAAAAACCAUCGGCGUACGUGAGGUGUGGUACUUCGGACUGCAGUAUGUGGACACCAAAGGUUACCCCAACUGGCUAAAACUGGACAAAAAGGUGUCAUCUCAAGAUGUGAAGAAGGACAACCCACUACAAUUCAAGUUUCGGGCCAAGUUCUUCCCUGAGGACGUUUCUGAGGAGCUGAUUCAGGAAAUCACCCAGAAGCUCUUCUUCCUGCAAGUAAAAGAGGGCAUCCUCGGCGACGAGAUCUACUGUCCUCCAGAGACGGCAGUCCUGCUGGCCUCCUACGCAGUCCAAGCCAAGUUUGGUGACUACGACAAAGAAGUCCACCGGCCUGGAUAUCUGGUCAGUGAACGCAUGCUGCCUCAGAGAGUCAUGGAGCAGCACAAGUUAUCCAAAGAACAGUGGGAGGAACGAAUCCAGGUGUGGCACGAGGAGCACUCUGGGAUGUUGAGGGAGGACGCCAUGUUGGAGUACCUGAAGAUUUCUCAGGACCUGGAAAUGUAUGGAGUGAACUACUUUGACAUCAAGAAUAAGAAGGGAACAGAGCUGAGGCUGGGAGUGGACGCACUGGGUCUCAACAUUUACGAGAAGGACGACAAAUUGACGCCAAAGAUUGGCUUCCCCUGGAGCGAGAUCAGAAACAUUUCCUUCAACGACAAGAAGUUCAUCAUCAAGCCUAUAGACAAAAAAUCUCCAGACUUUGUGUUUUAUGCCCCGAGACUGAGGAUCAACAAAAGCAUCCUGCACCUGUGCAUGGGCAACCAUGACCUCUACAUGCGUCGUCGCAAGCCCGACACAAUCGAGGUGCAGCAGAUGAAGGCUCAGGCCAUGGAGGAGAAGCAGAUGAAGCAGAAGGAGAGGGCUCAUUUGGAGAAUGAGAAGAAGAAAAGGGAAGCCAUCGAGAGGGAGAAGGAGCAGAUGGAGCAGGAGAAGCAGCAACUCAUGAUGAGGCUCUACCAGUUCGAGGAGAAGACUAAGAAGGCAGAGAAAGACUUGCAGGACCAGCUUCAGAGAGCCAUGAUGCUGGAGCAGGAGAGGAGGAGGGCGGAGGAGGAGGCUGCGCGUCUGGAGGCAGAACGCCAGGCUGCCCUGCUGGCUAAAGAGGAGCUGGCCCGCCAGGCUGAGAGUCAGCUGAAGACCCAGGAGCAGCUGGCUUCUGAGCUGGCGGAGCACUCGGCCAAGAUCGCGCUGCUGGAGGAGGCGAGAAGACGCAAGGAGGAGGAGGCUCGCACAUGGCAGAACAGGGCCGUAGAGGCUCAAGACGAUCUGACUAAGACCAAGGAGGAGCUGCACAUGGUGCUGACUGCGCCCCUGCCUCCACCACCUCCUCCCGCAUACAACCACCGGGAUGACAACAGCGACAGCGAGGACAACAACAGCACGCACAGCACCGACCUGGCGAUAGACGACUUCCACGACCACCGCAAGGAGGAGGAGCGUCUGACUGAAGUCGAGAAGAACGAGCGCGUCCAGAAGCAGCUCAAGACCCUGACCUCAGAGCUGGCUCAGGCCCGUGACGAGUCCAAGAACACCCAGAACGAUCUCCUCCACAGCGAGAACGUGCGCGCCGGCCGAGACAAAUACAAGACCUUGCGACAGAUCCGGCAGGGCAACACCAAGCAGAGGAUCGACGAGUUUGAGGCCUUAUAAGACGCCGUUGCCGUUCGAGUGCACGCCCUUUCUGAAUGGUCACUAUUCCUCUUGAUUUGCUGCUGAGACACACACACACAAAUUCCUCUUCUCACCCAC